AUGGAUAUAGAUCAAAAUUUGCUAUUAGAAGAGCCUAAUGAUUCAUGUAUUUGUUGGAUAUUACACAAAUUAAUACGAUUAAUUUGUGUAGCUUUAUUCACGUGUCUUAUUGGUAUGCUUAUCUUUACUUUAAUCUUCUAUGCUUUUGAUAUUUAUUGGCUUGAACAACCGAUUAUUAAUAAUUCAUCAUGGUGGUGGUGGUUUAAUGAUAAUAAUAAUAGUAAUACUAAUUUUACUAGAUUUGAUUCUGAUAUGAUUAGUUUAACACAAACAGUUAAUUAUGAUGAUGAAUACUGA